AUGGCUCACGACGGUGGGAAGGGGAGGUUUAUCCUCUUCACAUGUGCCUUCAUAGCAAUCAUGAACUCUACUACUCUGGGCUAUGAUUCUUCGAUGAUGAAUGGACUUCAAAUCUUGCCCGCGUACGCCGAUUACUUUCGCCUGAAUACGGCGACUACUGCCUUGAACGUCGCUAUCGUCUUCGUUGGAGCUGUCAUUGCAACUCCGUUCGCUGGUACUCUCUCCAACAAAUGGGGUCGCAAAUGCGGUCUGGUGUCAACGUCAGCUAUCGCUAUUUGUGGAGGCGUGCUUCAAGCAGCUUCUGUCCAUGAAGCUAUGUUCUGCAUUGGCAGGCUUCUUAUAGGCAUCUCAAUUAACACAGGAUCUGUGGCUGCACCUGCGUACCUUGCAGAGGUAGCUCAUCCGGACAAUCGUGAGAUGCUCGUCGGGCUCUGGGGGUCUGCUUAUUACGUUGGGAGUAUUCUUGCUGCGGCCAUCACGUUUGGCAGUCAAUAUCUCAAUUCUACCUGGGCAUGGAGGCUGCCAUCUCUGCUCCAAGUCUUGCCGUCAGUGCUUUGCAUUCUUCCCUUGGCAUUUAUGCCUGAAUCUCCCCGGUGGCUGGUAUACCAAGACCGUCAUGAAGAGGCUAAGGCGAUGAUUAUCAAGUACCACGGAGGCGGCAACGCCAACUCUCCUAUUGUGGCCAAAGAAUACGAAGAAAUACGCCAAACACUCUCCCACGAGAAAGCGACGCAAACGGUCGGGUUCAAAGCCCUCGCGGCAACAAAACCCAAUCGUUGGAGACUCGGUGUUGUUGCGGCCACGGCCGUUUUCUGCCAGUUUAGUGGAAACAACAUCAUCACUUAUUAUCUUGGGGAGACUCUCUCCACUGCCGGCAUCACCAAAGUACAGACGCAACUCGGUAUAAAUAUCGGCAUCAGUAGCUUCAGCCUGGUCACUUCUGUGCUUGGAAGCAUCUAUACUGCAAGACUGGGUCGUCGUCCUUCAUUCUUGAUCUCUACUGGUUUAAUGAGCAUGACUCUACUCAUCUACGCCAUCCUUACGAAGCUCUACAUCGGCAGAGACAAUUCAGGGGCGUCCGACAGCUUGGUGUUCCUGAUCUUCCUCUAUUUCGGAAUAUACUCUUUUGUGUGGACGCCUCUUUCCGCGCUUUAUCCAGUCGAGGUUCUCACAUACUCAACCCGUGCACAUGGAUUGGCAGCCUAUAGCUGUAUUGUCUACCUCACAGCCUUCUUCAACACAUACGUGAUACCCUUUGCGAUGAGAAUUAACUGGGGUUUCUAUCUUAUUACCGCUUUGUGGUGUUUAGUUGAAUGUGUGGUGAUCUAUUUCUACUUUCCAGAGACGAUGGGUAUGUCGAUGGAGGAAAUUGAUGGUGUAUUUGGAGAGGACAUGGCUACUGUUCUAGAAAGUGUACGGGUGGAUGUGGACGUCAAGGCCUAUGAAGGAAAGGACGUGACGACCACACCUGUGUGA